AUGGGGAAAAAAUCUGGGAAGAAGACUGGAGCUAGCCAGAAGACUUCGGUCCCAGACGGGCUGGAGACGCUAUGGUCUUACCUGACCGGCAGUGAGGAAGACCGGGCGCAGCUCAAAGCAGAGCAAACCCGAGCGGGGCAGCAGCCGGAACGUUGCCGCAUGGCAACUCCCGAAGAUUAUUACAGGGAGUUGGAGAAAGACCGCCUACGUUCCGAGGCGAGCAGUUCUAGGAGUCGGCAGAGGAGCAGCCCAUACGCUGACAACGUUCACGUGACCUCGCACGAUGGCGACCGGGAGGAAGGUCAGUUGCAAGCCUUCGGUGAGGUCAGUGCUUCCCCGACAAGUCUGGGCUCCCUGAAGAGGAAGGGGGCGGCGAGCGAAGCAGCGCCAUUAUUAAAUAAAGAGAAAGAGAGACGGAAUGUGACUGAAGGAUCUGCCGCUAAAGUAAAAGAGGCAGAUCCCAGUCGGCUUGUUGUAGCCACCCGUCCCUCAGAAGACUCCAUGUCCCAGGAGCCCUUGCGCUCAUCAGCAGAGCAUGUGCCAGGAAAGGACGUGCUCAUUGGUUCCCGGUCGGCAGGUGACAAAAACAAGGAAGUGGCCUUACUGCCGGCCGAGACAAAUAACUUUAUAAACUUGCAGGAGCUCGAGAAAUGUCUCGCGCCCCUUUACGCUUUCUUCCAGGGACUACAGGAGGUGAAGGAGCGUGUGGAGGAGCUGGGAGCUGCAGCCGAAGCGCCGUUGAAGGGACUGAUGACGUACCUUCGGCGGUUAGGCCGUGAAGCCCCGGCCUCGAUUAAUUUGGCGGUGCAGAUGUUUACUUCUCAACAAAAGUCAAUGCAGUGCUGCUAUUGUAAAUUUUCCAUGCAACAGGAUCAGCCAAUGUUAUACACAAUUGAACAACGAUGGCCAGGGCUUUUUGUUGAAGAACAGAAUUUCUACGCAUAACCUGCGCUGAUCAUGAAGUUACUCCUAACAUCUCUGGACAGUUGUACUGUGGGCUUGCUUAUGAUGUACAGAGCUCAAGAGGAAAUGGAGAAUCUACUAGAAAAACAGGAUAUACAGACCACAGACUUAACAGCGCACAGGAGAGACACUGUUCUUCUGAGUCUUCCCUUCUACCUACAAGAGCUGGCCUCAAUUUCAAAAACAUCCUGAAUUCUGCAAGGAACAUUACGAUGGGAAUUUUAGAGUUGGUCAGGAAUGGCAUCCCUUCAAGAUUGCUGUGCAGUGCAGUAAAUGUUGUAAUUGUCCUUGAAGAGGAGGUGGUUAUGGAGAACCUGGGAAACUUUACAAAUGCCUUUACAAUCCUGUUUUGCUCACUUUCAGCUUUUAACAUGAACUAUCGCAAGAACCUUAAAUACACAUUUGUGGUGGUCCAGAAAGUGUUCCAGUACCUUGGAAAUGACUACACUGCUAGAGUGCAAUCUCUAAAAAACAAACUAUCUGCAAAUAUAAUACAAAUUUCUGUGUGAAAAUUCCAGUUAAUUUUGUCAGUUUGGGCACCUGCUUUUGAAGAGAAAAAAAAGUCUUUGAUCACUGUUUUAGUUAAAUGGAAUUGACUGUUAAAUGGUCUGUUGUCUUAUUUGAUUUAUUUGUUUUCUAAAUAAGUCUCUAAAUCUGGAUUCCAUCACCAUUCUACUGCUCUUACAUAAAGCAUUCUUUCUGUGUAGCUUAAAUGCACAGUAAUAUUGCAGCUGCAAAGUUAUAAAUGUUAAGAAUUUAAAGUGAUAUGUCAAUAAAAUAUUUAAAGUA